AUGUUGCCACCCGGAGUCCACAACAUUCUUGUCGAGUCAGCAGAAACGAUGCACAUCGCAACCGCGAUCAAUAGGAUACUCUUGCAUGAAGUACAGCACUCACACAGAAGCCUAAAGGAAUAUGAUACCCCUGCCACAAAACAUUCCAACUCCUGCAAGCCACGCUUGGAGACCAAGACCAGAUGCCGAGUUCAACUCAAAGGACCGAGACGAUCCUCACUCGGGGAGGGAGAAGUUAUCGAACACCUAUCGAAACACGAUAAUACUUCUACCGAGUUACUACGGAAUAUGCUGUGCACCAUAGAACAACAACAACAACAAAUAGCCUUUGCACUGGGCACCGUCAAUGCAUUGUCAUCAGACGCCGAUACCAACAGCAACACCAACAACAACACAUGUGCACCUUAACCGACAAUAACCCGACACCAUCGUUUCCCAACUCAGCAGUCCAGAAGUAGGAUGCCCAAUCAGCAGGAAUCACGACGUUGACGACAGCUAGGGCAAUAAAUCAUUAAUCAGCAGAAAUAGGGUACUCGUAGAUUCCAAUGUGCAAUAAAUUCAUUCUGUUCGUAAUCGUUGAUCCGUGAAGUUCUGUUUUUCGAACUCCUUGUAAUAGUUUUAAUUUUUUAAAAAGCCUUUUGGCUAGAUAGAUAAUAUAACUUACAC